GGGAUGGCUGAGCAACCUCUCGUCAAUGUCAUCUCGGAUUUAUUUCUUCCUUAUCAUUCUUCAGAUCCCUCUUUUUAGAUGCUUGGCCUAUUUGGUUGUUCUUUGUUGAGAUCUGUUUUUCAAUUUGGAUUAGAUAAAAGAAACUGUGAAUGAGAAAGAAAGCACUGAGGAGAAGCUAUGGAAAGUCAGAACUAACGCUGCUAUCGAAUGGAUAAUGUAAUAGUGUUGUUUUUAUGAUUACUAGUUGUGAAGUUGACUUUCGGAGAUUUUAGCCAAAGCUAACUAAUCAAUCAUCUCGAGGGAUUUUUAGCAUAUUAAAAAUUUGGCCGACUGAUGAGGACUCUUACGGUUGUUCAAAAGGUUCUCCAAGGUGCAAACUAUUGUGGAACGAAGCACAAUGGUGCUCUGCAUUUGAAUCCAGUGUUAUAUCACCGUGCAGGUGAAUCCCACGGAGAGGUCUUCCCUUAUGAAUGGUGUGAAAAGUCUUUUUCAAAAUUAACAAGAUUGGCCCACUUUUUAAAAGAUGUGGAUUUAGUUGAUGGACGGCUUGUGAAUGUGAACGAUGAUUCAAUCAUCAUUGAAGAUCACAUUGAACAUAAAAUGCGUACUUUCAAGUCACUUGCGAGGAUCUUUAUUGGGUCUCCAUCAGUUCAGCUAGUGCUAAAGAAACAUGUUUCUACAUUUGGUAAACCUAGUGAAAGAGAGCCCAUGAUUGUGAAUUCGUUAACCAAAGUGAGCAACGUUUUGAAUGUUACUGCUCAACAGAGGAAGUUGGUGCGUCUAAAAAUAUGUCCACAGAUUACACAACACCGGAUAUGGACAGGUGCCAUUGAGAAAAUUUUGAAUGAAUUGAAAUCAGAGAUAGAUUUGUUGAAUUGCCAAUUCCCGAGUAAAGGAACCAAGAUGGGUGGGCAGAUAGUUUCUAGCUGCCUUAAGUUCUUGGCUGAAUCAGCUGUUUCUUAUGACCCUGAUUCUGCUUCAUGGAUGCGGCUUUCACCUGCAAAAGUUGUUGACCCUCCUUCACGCAAAUGGGACGAUGUUCUUGAGAUGUUCACAGAUCUCAUUAACUGUUUGAAGAGUGAAAAGGGUUGGCUUUAUCAUGCAACGAAGAUUGAGAUUAUGAAAGAAGGUCUGUCUCAGAUCAAAGAUGUGUUAGUUGAUAAUAGCAUUGGGUAUAAGGAUGCCAGGCACCAAGAAAGCCUGGUACAAAAGAAGCUCUCUAAGACAUUGGGACACUCAUCACAGUGUUUGUUUACACUUUUAUUGUAUUACCUUUAUGGACAGGUUAGAGAUAUUGAAGUGGAUUUGAGUGGAGCGAUUUAUGGGAAUGGUUCUGAGAAUAGGUUUACCUUGUGCAUGGGAAGAAUUCUGACUUCAAAUGAGGAGAAGAUGUUUUGGAGUGGGGUUAAGCAAUUGGACAGGGCUCUGGGGUUAUUCAAGUUUGUAUGGGAAACAGCAGGUAUGAAAGGGAUUUUGGAGUUGCAAGGCCACUUAUGGUGUGUGGGGUCUGAGGAGAGGUCGGUCACCUAUCGAGGAAAUGCUUUCCUUCUACAUGGGAUAAGUCUUGGACCAAAGAGUAUCUUAUAAAAAACUCUAUGAUAUUUUAAGGUUAUGUUGUAGGAUACUAAUUACUUCACAUUAUUGAAAUCCAGGUGCUUGUUUUAUUGAUUUAUUUGAUAUACCAUUAAUUUCAAAAAUGGUAAGCCUGUGAAGCCAUAUUGCCCAUCA